UUCCAGAUUUGUAACAAAACAAAGCAUAUUACUGCAACAACAUUGUGUUCCUAGUCCCAAAGGAAUUGGAUCCAUCAAGAUUCAUAAUUUUGAAGUGUGAUGACGACAAGUACCCAAGCCUACGGUGAAUCAUGGUACUGGGACAACCGCUACUCCAAUGAACCUGGUCCCUUUGAUUGGUACCAAAAGUACCUCACUUUGUCUCCCAUCAUCAACCUCUACGUACCUCGUAACAACCCCAUCCUCGUUAUUGGUUGUGGCAACUCAGCCUUCAGCGAAGGCAUGGUUGAUGAUGGUUACACAGAUGUUGUCAACAUUGAUAUAUCUUCGGUGGUGAUUGAAGCUAUGCUCAACAAAUACCGAGAUUGUCCUCACUUGAAAUAUGUGAAAAUGGAUGUCAGAGACAUGAGUGCUUUUGAAUCAGGGUCUUUUGGUGCUGUUGUUGACAAAGGGACUCUUGAUUCUAUCUUGUGUGGAAGUAAUUCAAGAGAAAAUGCUACAAAGAUGCUGGGGGAAGUUUGGAGGGUCCUCAAGGAUAAAGGAGUUUAUAUUCUGGUAACAUAUGGAGCUCCACUAUAUCGCCUACGUUUGCUAAAGGAAUCUUGCUCAUGGACAAUAAAACUCCAUGUGAUAGAUAAACUUGCAUCUGAAGACCAAUUUGAUCAUCCAGUUUGGGAGCUGACAAAUCCUGUUCCACUUAAUGAUGAUGGAAGCUCUGUGGAGGAAGCCCUAGGACGGAAUCCUGAUGUCCAUUAUAUAUAUAUUUGCACUAAGGAAAUUUAAGUUAACUCAAACGUAAACGCAUGAAUGAGCAGUUUAGCAAGGAAGGCACGCAUCUUCACUCCACAAAUUUGUAUUACAACUCUUUUACUCUUGUUGAUCCUAGAAUUUGUAGUGUUAAAUCCGAAGUUAACAAUCUUUUCUUUUAAUUUGAUUGAUUCCGUGAGUUAUCCAUUAACACAGCCAUUGAUAAUGCAGUGUUAAUAUGUAAUUUUAUUCUAAAUUCUCAAGAUUUUUCUAGAAUUA